UCAAUUUCUAUCAUUCGGCUUCAAAAAAGCUUGAAAAAUUCAAGUUCCUGUGUUUUGUAUCCAAAUUUUAAUACAGAUUUAUUUCAUAUUUGAUUAAGUUAAGAAGCGCAAUGAGUAGUACCGUGGCCAUUUUAUGCAAAGUUAUGCUGUUUGUUUUAGUAUUGAUGAGUAUAAUUUCUCAUGUAGUUAUUGCAAGCACUGCACCUAAAAAAUUGCAAAUUGGAGUGAAAAAAAGACCUUCAGAGUGCCCCAUCAAAAGCAGGAAAGGUGAUCUACUGCACAUGCACUAUACGGGCACUUUAGAUGAUGGUACAGAAUUUGACAGCUCAAUUCCUAGGGGCAAUCCUCUAACCUUCACAUUGGGAUCUGGUCAGGUCAUUAAAGGGUGGGACCAGGGCCUCAUGGGCAUGUGUGAGGGAGAACAGCGAAAGUUGGUCAUUCCCCCUGAGCUGGCUUAUGGAGAAGCCGGAGCACCACCUAAAAUACCCAAGUCUGCAACACUCACAUUCCAUGUUGAUCUCGUAAAUAUUGAAAGAAAAGAUGAAUUGUAAAUGCAAUCUCUGCCUGUGUUACAUUCUGUUAAGUGGGAUAUCAUUUAUUUGUACUGUUUAAGUGUAUUUAUUUUAUUUGUGUGUAGAAGUAGAUAUGAACAAUGAUAUAAGUACCUAAGUGUAUUUACUACUUUAUUACAAUUUAUUUGA